AUUCCACCCUCAUUUUCUGUAUUCGGGUUUCUUGUUCCAGCAACAUCGAGCUUACCCUUUCCUUCUAGCGAGCAUCAAGGUUCCGAGCCAUUUUACGAGGAACUACUUAUCGCGAAAGAGCAGCUAUCAAGCCUGACUAAGGGCGAUAGGAGAACUACUUCCAGGUUCGAAGCAUGGACGCGGGCGGCGAAGCUGACGAAGAUUGUAGCAAGCUAGUAGCCAUGGAGCACUACCAGGCCGACGGCGAGAAACCUAACCCGGGAGGAGAGCCAGCGCAGCAGGAAGAACCGGACCAGAAGAAGCCUCCAGCAGAACCAGGCGACGGGGACGAAUCAGCAGCAGCGCGAAGCGUUCGCUUCUGGGAGCUGUUCAAGUUCGCGGACGGGUGGGACGCGCUGCUCAUGCUGUGCGGGUCCGUGGCCGCCAUUGGGCUGGGCGUCGCGUUCCCGCUCAUCUCGCUGCUCUUCGGCGCGCUCAUCGACGCCUUCGGGCAGAACUCCGCCGAUCCCUCCGCGCUGCUGGACGCCGUCACUGACGUGGCUCUUAAGUUCCUGUACCUGGCUCUGGGCGCAGGAGCAGCAGGAUACAUUGAGAUGGCGUGCUGGAUGACGACGGGCGAGCGGCAGGCGGCUCGGGUGCGGGCGCGGUACCUGGCGGCGGUGCUGCGGCAGGACAUCGGGUUCUUCGACCGACACCUCAGCACGGGCGAGGUCAUCGGCCACAUGUCGGGCGACAUCGUGCUCGUGCAGGACGCCAUGGGCGAGAAGGUGGGGUCGUUCCUGCGGUACAUGGCGCAGUUCGUGGGCGGGUUCGUGAUCGCGUUCCUGGCGGGGUGGCAGCUCUCCUUGCUCAUGCUCGCCACGCUGCCCUUGCUGGCGGGGGCGGGCGCCAUGAUGGCGCUCAUGAUCUCCGUCUCCUCCUCCAAGGGGCAGGUGGCUUAUGGCGCUGCUGGCGUGAUUGUGGAGGAGUGUGUUUCCGCCAUUCGCACGGUGGCGGCAUUCACGGGCGAGCACAGGGCGGUGCAGCAGUACACAGCGAAGCUCAACAGGGCGUUCAGGGAGGGAGUGAAGCAGUCGGUGGCGGCGGGGGCGGGGCUGGGCGUGACGGUGUUCAUCAUGUUCUCGUCGUACGGCCUCGCGCUGUGGUACGGCUCCAAGAUGAUCGCCGACGCCGGGUACACGGGCGGCGACGUCUUCACCGUGCUCUUCGGAGUUAUCAUCGGCGGCGUAUCCCUGGGCCAGGUGGCUCCAGAGGUGUCGGCAUUUGCGUCGGGGCAGGCGGCGGCGGGGAAGAUCUUUGAGGUGUUGGAGCGGCAGCCGGUGAUAGACAGUGGGAGCGCGGAGGGGGAGCAGCCGGCGGAGUGUGAGGGCGCGGUGGAGCUGCGGGAGGUCACCUUUGCGUACCCCUCGCGCCCGGACGUCCCCAUCUUCCAGGGGCUCUCGCUGGCCGUGCCGGCGGGGCGCACCAUGGCGCUGGUGGGGGAGAGCGGCAGCGGCAAGUCGACGGUGGUGGCGCUGGUGGAGCGCUUCUAUGACCCGCAGAGCGGAGCCGUGCUGCUGGACGGCCGCAGCAUCGCCGCGCUCAACCUGCGCUGGCUGCGCCGCCACAUGGGGCUCGUCAGCCAGGAGCCGGCGCUGUUCGGCACGAGCAUUCGGCAGAACAUCGCGUACGGCAAGGAGGGCGCCACCGACGCCGAGAUCCAAGAGGCCACCCGCCUCGCCAACAUCCACGACUUCAUCGCCUCGCUGCCCGAUGGCUAUGAGACGCAGGUGGGGGAGCGCGGGACGCAGCUGUCGGGGGGGCAGAAGCAGCGCGUGGCGAUAGCGCGGGCGAUUCUGCGCAAUCCGCGCGUGCUGCUGCUGGACGAGGCGACGUCCGCGCUGGACGCGGAGAGCGAGAAGCUGGUGCAGGCGGCGCUGGACGCGCUCAUGGGCGCGCGCACCACGCUCGUCGUCGCGCACCGCCUCUCCACCGUGCGCCGCGCGCACCAGAUCGCCGUGCUGCAGCGCGGGCAGGUCGUGCAGACCGGCAGCCACGACGAGCUUAUGGCGCUGCCAGAGGGCGCGUACGCCCAGCUCGUGCGCCUGCAGCAGCUCGCAGGGGAAGGGGGGGGGAAGGGGAAUGGGAAGGGGGAGGGGGAGGGGAAGGGGAAUGGAAAGGGGGAGGGGGAGGUGGAGGGGAGCCUGGGUUUGGAACCCUCACAUGCUGAUGUGAAGGAGGUUGCAGAGGGAGUAGCAUCGCAGGACAAGAGAGCUGGUAUUGUAGCCACGGGUGUUGACAGUGGGAUGGAGAGGAAGAAGGAAGUGGGGGAGGCGGAUGGGCUGGUGAGAGACGGCAGGGAUGUGGAGAGUGGCGAGGGGGAGAAGCAGGUUGAGGAGGCAGGGGCAGAGAAGGGGAGUGGAGGAUUUCUUUGCAGGUUGCGGCGGAAGUGGAAGGGAGGGAAGGGAGGGAAGGGAGGGAAGGUGGGGUCAGACAAGGUUGGGAAGGGAGAGGUUGGAAAGGGGAACAAAGGGGAGGAAGAGGCAGGUGGGGAGGCGGAGGAGGAGGAGGAGGAGGGGAGUAAGAAGAAACAUCCCAAGAACGUGGCGAUCAUGCGGCUGGCAUCGCUGAACAAGCCCGAGUGGCCGUACGCGCUGCUGGGAACCAUCUUUGCAGCGUGCUACGGCUUCAUCAUCCCCUUCUUCGCGCUCAUCCUCUCCAACAUCAUCACCACCUUCUACCAGCCCGACCUCGCCAAGAUGCGCAGCGACGCCGACUUCUGGGCGUCGCUCUUUGUCGUUCUCGGCGCCUCUGCGUGCGUCACCUCCUUCUUGCACUACACCUUCUUCGGGGUAGUCGGCAACGCACUCAUCCGCCGCGUUCGGGCCAUGUGCUUUGCGGCGGUGCUGCGGCAGGAGAUAGGCUGGUUCGACCUGGACGAGAACUCCAGUGGGGCUAUCAGUGCUCGCCUGGCCACCGACGCUGCCCAAGUGCGGGCCAUGGUUGGGGACCAGCUCGCUCUUGUCGUGCAGAACACUGCAACGCUCUGCACCGGGCUGGUCAUAGCCUUCCGCGCCAACUGGCAGCUGUCGCUGCUGGUCAUCGCUCUGGUACCACUUCUGGGGGUGGCGGGGACAAUGCAGAUACGGGCGAUUCAGGGGUUUGCUGAUGACGCCAAGGCGCAGUUCGAGGAGGCGUCGCGGGUGGCAAAUGACGCCGUGAGUGCAAUCCGCACGGUGGCGGCGUUUGGAGCGGAGCAGCGGGUGCAGGAGCUGUACAACGAGCGCUGCAGCACACCCAUCCAAGCCGGCAUCCGCAAGGCGCACGUCAGCGGGGCGGGGCUGGCGUUUGGGCAGUUUGCCAUCUUUGCCGUGUAUGCGCUGUCGUUCUGGGUGGGGGGAAAGCUCGUGGAAGGGGGACAUGCGACCUUCACUGAUGUCUUUCAGGUGUUCUUCGCCAUUGCCAUGUCAGCAAUGAGCGUGGCAAAGCAGUCCGCGCUGGCCCCCGACAUGGCAACAGUGCGAACAGCAGUGAACUCCAUCUUCCGCAUUUUGGACCGGCAGUCGAAGAUCGACCCGGAGGCGGGUGGGGAGGAGCCCGAGGAGGUGCGGGGCGAGGUGCAGCUGAAAGACGUGUGCUUCGCGUACCCGGCACGCCCCAGCGUUGUGGUGCUCCGGGACUUCAGCCUGAUGGUUCCUGCCGGCCAGACCGUAGCGCUGGUGGGGGAGAGCGGCAGUGGCAAGUCGACGGUGGUGGCGCUGGUGGAGCGCUUCUACGACCCGCAGAGUGGAGCCGUGCUGCUGGACGGCUGCAGCAUCGCCGCGCUCAACCUGCGCUGGCUGCGCCGCCACAUGGGGCUCGUGAGCCAGGAGCCCGCGCUCUUCAACGUCUCCAUCCGCGACAACAUCGCGUACGGCCGCCUGGGAGGCGACGGCGGGGGGGAGAGCAGCGAGGCGGAGAUCGUAGCAGCGGCACGGGCGGCGAAUGUGCAUGGGUUCAUCUCGGGGCUGCCGCAGGGGUACGACACGCUGGUGGGCGAGAGGGGCGUGCAGAUCUCGGGAGGGCAGAAGCAGCGCAUCGCCAUCGCCCGAGCCAUCAUUGGGGACCCGCGCCUGCUGCUGCUGGAUGAAGCCACGUCAGCACUGGAUGCGGAGAGCGAGAAGGUGGUGCAGGAGGCCCUGGAGAAGGUGAUGGUGGACCGCACCACCAUAGUCAUCGCCCAUAGGCUGUCCACCAUCAGGCAUGCAGAUAUGAUCGCAGUGCUUCAGAAUGGUGCUGUUGUGGAGCAAGGCAAGCAUGAGGAUUUGUUGACGAAGGGUGGAGUUUAUUCGUCCUUAGCUUGUCUGAAGUAGCUACUAAUGGUAGGAACAUUGCUUACAUCCAAUGUACAUAUGUGUAUAUCAUGUUUAGGAGAUGCUUUGCUUGAUGAAGUUGUAAGUUUUGUUGAU